GCUCGAGCAAAGGCGGUCGACAGCAGCCGGUGGCGGGCGCACGAGCGACGUCAGAAGUUAAUAGUCGGUUCCUACUCCUCUAAAACUUGGAUAAUUUUAUAUUUUAAAACGUCAAAGGUCCUCUGUUGGUGCACAGUAAUCAUGGCAGAAGCCCACCAGGCAGUGGCCUUCCAGUUCACGGUCACUCCAGAUGGCAUCGAUCUGCGGCUUUCUCACCAGGCUCUUUCUGAGAUUUACCUGUCUGGUAUGCGCUCCUGGAAGAAGCGUAUCAUCAGAAUCAAGAACAGUGUGAUCUCAGGCGUAUACCCUGCCAGUCCUUCCUCCUGGCUUUUUGUGGUCAUAGCAAUCCUGGCUACAAUGUACACUCGCUCUGAUCCCUCCAUGGGCCUCAUAGCUAAGAUACAGGAGCACCUGCCUGUCAGUCAGAUGAGUAUGCAGUGCCAAGCAGUGGUGUCAGCUGUGCUCUUCAGCACAAUGCUGUGGCUCAUGCUCAUCUUCACCAUGCGCCUGUGUCUCAAGCAGCUCCUGUCCUACCACCGCUGGAUGUUUGAGCAGCACGGCAAAAUGUCCACCACCACAAAGAUCUGGGUGGCGCUGGUGCGGAUCUUUUCUGGCAGAAAGCCUCUGCUCUACAGCUACCAGGGUUCUCUGCCAAACCUCCCUGUGCCCACCAUAAAGGACACAGUCAAGAGGUACUUGGAAUCAGUGCGUCCCCUGAUGAAUGAUGCAGAGUAUGAGCGAAUGACGAAGCUGGCCACAGAGUUUGAAGGCAGCCUUGGUAACCGUCUGCAGUGGUACCUCAAACUCAAAGCUCUCUGGGCUGCAAACUACGUUAGUGACUGGUGGGAGGAAUAUGUCUACUUACGUGGACGAAGCCCCAUCAUGGUCAACAGUAACUAUUAUGGAAUGGAUUUCUUAUAUGUGACUCCAACACCCAUCCAGGCAGCCAGAGCAGGCAACUGCAUCCAUUCUUUAUUCCUGUACCGCCGGAAACUUAACAAAGAGGAACUUAAACCUAGUCGCAUCCCAGGCACUGUCAUUCCUCUGUGUGCUGCUCAGUGUGAGAGGAUUUUCAACACCUCACGCAUUCCUGGAGAGGAAACCGAUACUGUCCAACAUUGGCAGGACAGCGACUACAUAGUGGUUUACCACAAAGGUCGCUACUUUCGUCUCAGGGUUUACCAGGCAGGCAGGCUCCUGUCGCCAAGAGAGGUUGAAUUUCAAAUUCAAAGGAUCCUCGAUGACUCUACGUCUCCGUCAAAAGGAGAGGCCAAACUUGGAGCCCUGACUGCAGGAGAUAGAAUUCCGUGGGCCAGAGCAAGGGCAAAGUAUUUCAGCAGUGGGGUCAACAAACGGUCCCUGGACUGCAUUGAGAGAGCAGCCUUCUUUGUGACCCUGGACGAUGAUGAACAUUGCAUGGUUGGAAAUGAUUCAGCUGCUAGUUUAGAUCGCUACGCCAAGUCUUUGUUGCACGGCAAAUGUUACGACAGGUGGUUUGACAAGUCCUUCUCCGUUGUAUUCUUCAAGAAUGGAAAGAGUGGCAUAAACGCAGAGCACUCUUGGGCCGAUGCGCCAGUAGUGGCACAUGUAUGGGAGUACAUGCUGGCUACUGACAGUUUCCAGCUCGGUUACACUGAAGAAGGUCACUGCAAAGGAGAAGUAGAUUCUUCACUUCCUCAUCCACAGAAGCUCAACUGGGAUAUUGUCCCAGAAUGUGAGGAGCAGAUCUCUGAGUCUCUGGCAUUGGCCCAGGCUCUGGCAGAUGACGUGGACUUCCAUGUUUUCUCCUUUCGAGACUUUGGCAAAGGAAAGAUCAAAAAGUGUCGAGUCAGCCCUGAUGCUUUCAUUCAGAUGGCUCUUCAGCUGGCCUACUACAGGGAUCGGGGGACAUUCUGUUUGACAUAUGAAGCCUCCAUGACUCGUUUGUUCAGGGAGGGCAGGACAGAGACCGUUCGGUCCUGCACCAGUGAGAGCAGUGCCUUUGUCCGAGCCGUAGAGAAUGGAGAGCCGGAAGAGGUGUGCCGACGUUUGUUCCGUUCAGCAUCAGAGAAACACCAGCAUCUAUAUCGGAUGGCCAUGACUGGAGGUGGUAUUGAUAGGCACCUAUUUUGCCUCUACGUGGUUUCCAAAUAUCUUGGAGUGGAGUCUCCCUUCUUGAAAGAGGUGCUGUCUCAGCCAUGGAGACUGUCCACAAGUCAGACGCCUGUCCAGCAGGUGGAGCUGUUUGACAUGGUUAACUACUCAGAAUACAUCUCCUGUGGAGGCGGCUUUGGACCAGUGGCUGAUGAUGGUUAYGGGGUGUCGUACAUGUUUUUAUCAGAGAACAUCAUAAACGUCCACAUCUCCUGUAAACACUCCUGCUCUAGCACUGACGCCCAUAGAUUUGGGGAUCAGAUCAGGAAAGCCCUGCAUGAUCUGCUGAAGCUGCUGAGCCUGAGCCCAGAGGAGUCCAACAAAAAGGAGGAGAGUCGAGCUGAGGUCAAGAAAGAAAAGUAGAUAGUUGUUCAGAAGAAAGUAUGCUGGAGAAAUUGUGCAUAUACAUGUUAUGUCACAGGGUGAGAAAAUGUAUUUUUCUUUUGUUCUUAUAAGUUGAGAGAAAUAUGCUGCCCYAUUGAUGGCAUUUAAGAGACAGCUCCUUAGAAUAACAGAUGACACUGAAGAUUGUGUUUUAGGUGAUGCGUCUCUAUUUUUGUUUUUUUUAGCAUAUGGAGAAAAAAAAUGGUCCACACAAGGACAAAAAUAUAUAUAUUGGGUUAGUUUUAAAAGUCCAACAUAAAGGUGUAUAAUCCAAAUCAUUUAAUAAAAUUAGUAUGUAAUGUUUUGUUAUAAUAAUAAAAGCCAGUACUGUAUGUGUUACACCAAUCAUCAGGAUAGAAAGUCCUAAAGUCACUCUCCUGCAGGGAAUAAUUCAGUUCAAAUUCAAGAUCAGUAUGUUUUGAAGCUAUAGUGUAUGCCUCACUUUGUGCCACUAAAUUUCUGUUGUUAAUGCAGUUGGUCAGCGUGAUACUUGUUUUACUUGUAAAGUGUUAGACUGAAGGGAAAACAWGCAGGACUGCCGAGGUAAUUUCAUUUUCUACCACUUAUAUACAGAGUUACUGUAGAAGUCAGGAAGUAUUUUAAAGCUCAGAGGUCUGUGACUUUUGUACAAACAUGAGUCGAAUGCUGUGUUUUAAACAUGUGCUGCAAUUUAAAAUUCAAUCUUUUUGACAGCAUUUAUAUUCCGUCUGCUCAUCCAGAGAAGAACUUUUGGUUUAUUUCUGAACAUAUUUAAGUUACAUGUAAAGCUAACUACAAAGCUGUACUGUUGUAAACUUCAGUUACUUCACUGCCACAUUUUUUUAAACUUUGUUUUUACACUUGUUUUAAAUUUGUGCCAUAACAAUGCAAACUUUAUUUAUGAAUACACUGACGGCAGUUACUCAGUGAGCAGUGCUGCUGGUCAGAUGUGGAUAGCAUUAGAAAUUAGUUGCCAGUGACACAGGUUCCUGUUAAUGUUCCUCUGAUUGUUGCCUUUAUUUGCUGACUCACAUCGGAACAAACCACAUUGUCUGGUUAUAUUAUGUAAUUGCUAUUGUAAUGCUUUUUAAUGCAAAAUUAAAGGGGUUUAAAGACAUUCUUAAUAAUAAAAAUGUUCAAAUCAA